AUGGCCGACCAAACCCUUAAAUCUCGCGACGAAGUCGCAGCGCAAGCUGUCGCUGUUCGAGCAGAAUUAAAAGUAUGGGAGAAAGAAUUUGCAACGGCACAUGACGGGAAAAAGGCUGGUCGAGAGGAUAUCAAACAAAGACCGGACAUUGCUGCAAAGUACAAGGAGUAUGGGCGACUCAAAAAUCUCGAGGCUGCACUUACCCGACGCGAAAAUCGCCCACAAGGCUCCCCUAGAAAGAGAAAACAUACCUCUCCCACAGGGCCGUCGCACAAAAGUAUUGAGACGACACCACGCAAAUCAAGCAGGGGCCUAUUUGCGACCCCAUCUCACAAUCGCAACGCGCAGAUCCAUCCCGCUCAAUUAGACCCUUACGACUCACCGUCCACCUUUCGUCGAUUGUUCAGUCCGAGCACCCAUCGACAGAGCUUACCAGCACCGUCGCCUCUGAAACCUGCCAUUGGGCCUACGCCACAGCGCGAUGGAAAGGCUCUCGGGCUGUUCGACAUGCUGUCCGAGUCUGGUGGCAGCCAGGCAACUCCAUCAGCCAAAAGACAAAAGGAUGUAUUAGCGGCAGGAUUCCGAACACCUUCUAAACCAAAGCUCUUUGAUCCCAUCGCCGAGGUGCCAGAGGAAGAAGAGGAGGAAACAUCACGACUCUCACGCACACCAGCCUCCUCAACUAAGCAAUUCUACCUCGCGAAUCUCUUUGCGACUCCUACGACGAUGCGCUAUGCAGCCAUGGUUGAGGCCGAGGAUAACAACGCCCCCCAAGAAAGCCAUCCUCAGGAAACGGAGCCUGCAGGCUCCCAGCAUUCAAACCCAUCAGGAACACCUUCUUUCCUGCGUCGCUCUAACUCCGGCCGGUAUCCUGCGCCCACUACAAACGAGGGACCAGGUCUUAGUCCCAUUGCAUCUCGGAAACCGCGCCAGUUCGCUGGACGGGGACUAUCACAUUUGGUUAAAGGUCUUCGGGAAAUGGAAGAAGAGCGCAUGGAAGAUGAGUGGGAUAUGCUCCGCGAGAUCGAGGAAGAGCAAGAAGGGUUCCACUUCGAUGUUCCUGAAAGCCAGGGCCCCGUAGCGGACAAGCAACAACCUUAUAAAAAGAAGGGUCAAAAGCGGACUACAAGAAGGGUCAAUAUCCGACCAGCUAUCUCCAAGCCAAAGAUACAAGAGGAGCUUUAUCCAGAGUUGUACGAAGAGAGUGAUGACGAACUGGCUGCGGUCCCGGAGACACAGAUUCCCGAAGGGCCCAAGGAAGCUAUGAAUGCUCACGAGGAGGACGAAGAUGACCAUGAUGAUGUUACCUCUCCCCAUUCCAAUUCAGAACCUGGAUCGGACUACGAGGGAGAUACCGAUGUGGACUCGGACGGUGACCCUGAAUAUGGCGAGAAGGCUAAACCUCCGCCUCGACCGAAGAGUUUCUCGGAGCGCAUUAAGGAGGCGGUUUUGAUGGCUAAGCCAACUGCCCCGGAAGCUCCUAUCAAGCCUUCUGCAAAGCCAGAAGAACCAGAGAAAGAGAAGAAGCCUCGGGACCGCAAGAUCAACCCUCAAGCCCAUGCGAAUUAUAGAUCACUAAAGAUCAGGAAUAGAGGAGGGACUCGUGGUGGUGGGCGGUUUCGCAGGCGAUGA